AUGAUGGACCCCCUCAUCCCUUUCGCCCGGAGCACCCCUUCCCUCACUUCCGGCACCUCCGACACCCCCUCCAUCCCCAUGACAGACGACUCUGGCCUCGGCACUCUCCGUCCGAGGAGCCCAGCGCUGAUAGAGUUCAGCGACGAUGGCAACCCCGAUCCACCCCGCAAGCCCCUCGCCUACUCCUCCGGGGCUGGCGUCACCCCCGCCGAGAAACUUCGCUCCCUGCUGCGACAGAUGGAAAGUGAUGUUCGCGAUCCCCCACCACCGCCGAAGCCAACACCGACACAGAGACGACCAGCGACACCCCAACUCAUCGAUGCACCCAUCCCAACCUCCAACUCGAACGCUCGUGCUAAUGACGAAGAGAACAGCGAAGAGGAUUCUCCCCCAACCCCGCCCCCGCGGAUACACAGCGCGUACAAUGCGCGCCACGAGCCCGAUCACGAGCCCGAAGCCGGACCGAGUCGGCCGCGCCGCCUGCCAUCGCGUGCGGUCGCUUUACAGGCGGCCAUGAACAAGAUGCCAGAAGAGAAGGCAUCCCCGGCACCCAGCGCUCUUGAGACUUUCAUUGCGAAGCAUCACGAGACGCCGGAGGCUUGGAAGCCCAAGCAUUCUGGAAGGACAGACUGGAGCACCAGCCGGGCAGACUCGAGCGCUACCGUGCAGCAGUUCCCGUCUUCAGCUCCGCGACGAAGACAUGCGGCUCGGCGGACAACGAUAGAAGCGCCUCCAGACGAUUCACUGGCGUUCGCUGAGGGCAUCCAGGAUCCAAGUAUUGACAUGGACGACGACAGCAGCCUCCCAGCCGGUUGGGAGGAGGAGAGUAGUGGAGCUCCAGACCGCUCGCGCGGCAGCAGCGGGCGACGGUCGGACAGAAGCACAGCGUCGGCGGACGAUCCACGACGGAGGUUCGAGCUGGACGAUUCCGUCGAUGCUUCGCCGGAGCGACCUAAGAAUCGCUUUCAGACUCGACGCUUCAUCAAGGCGGACCUGUCGGACGAGCUCCCGGAUCGACCAGAACCACCACGGCGAUCGCAUAGGAGCACGCGGUCCGAGUCCCCGACGGAGCCCGAAUCGCGAACGGUACGCGCUGAGCGCCAAUGGACGCGAACGUCUCGCUCGCCGACUGCCUCGUUCGCGACGGCACCGCAGAUCAACCCCUCGACCUCCCUGGACAUGUCGCUGCCUCAGAUCGCCGCUGAGUCCAGUGAUGAGGACUCUGGGGCGAUGCGCAACCGGGCCAGCAUGUUCCGACCCAGCUCUGAGUCCCCGAAGUCGCGCAGCUCCGAGUCGCCAAAGUCCCGAAUUUUACGUGACCCAACGAACCGCACGACGGGAUCUAGCGCAUACGUCGAUGCAACGAGCCGCAGCCGAGACUGGGCCAGUCAGGUCAGCAAGAGCCAGCCGUACGAGUCGUUUGACGACGAGGUCGACCGCAGCCUUGAUGAACCGGAGCCGCCGAAGAGGUUCAAUGCCUCACGAAGUCGCAGCUCUCCCGACGAUGCUGACGACCGCCUGGCUGAAGAGCCCGAGCCUCCGCGACGAUUUGGCGCUCAUCGGCGACAGCAUAGCCAGCACAGCCACGAUGACCUUCAGGGAGAUUCAGAGCCUCCGAGACGCUUAAGAGCCUCUCAGAGCCGGGACAGCAUCCGAGAUGCUGCGAAUGAGCCAGAGUCUCCCAGGAGGCUACGGGCUUCUCGUAGCCGCGAGCUUCAAGACGAAGUCGACGACGAGCUCGACGAGCCUGAGCCGCCUCGACGACUGCGCCACUCACGGAGCCGCGAGCUUGUGCAGAUCGAGGAGGAAGAGACAGUCGAGCGCUCGGUAGACGAGGAUGCGGGCGCCGUCCGCGUGUCUAGGAGCCGCGACAUGACGACGCGGUACAUGGAUGGCUCGACAGAGGAGCGUCACCAAUCCUCGCAAUCUAUCUACGAGCCGCUCCGCUGGUCCCAGUCUCGCGGAUCGAUCGAGGAGCCGUCGCUGAAGCAAUCACGGAGUCGGUACGAUACGCCCGAUGAGUCGCAUGGUUCUGUGCACUCUGGGAAUCGAUACGCCACGCCUGACGAGAGCCGAGUCUCGGAUUCGCGUAGCCGUUAUGACACUCCCGAGGAGCCUUCUCUGAAGCAUUCUAGCAGCCGCUACGAUGCGCCCGAGGAGCCCUCCAUGCAGCACUCGCGUAGCCGAUCCGACAAGAUGGACGAGUCAUCCAUGAAGCACUCGCGAGGCGCAUCGCAGUCGAUUUCCCGUCACUCGAGGAGUAGGUACGACAAUCCGGACGACACCCCGCCACUUCGACAGUCUCGGAGCAAGGAGGAGCUUGCAGCAGAGGCAUCGCGCACUUCGAUGCACGCUUCACAGUUACGAGGCUUUUCAUUCCCCCGGAAACGAACACGGAGUGAUGAGGCGGAGAGUGCGCCAGCACCGCCGACGCCGUCUCCGCCCAAGCCUCUCGAAUCGUCGUAUCUGCGGCCACAGAAAGCGGCCGCCGCGCUGAACACCCCUGUUCGCCCUAGCGGAAUGCGAGCAAGUGCUCUGCGCAAGUCUGCUCGUGCUACACCGACACCGAACCGAGUGCGCUGGUCGCCUGACGUGGAGGGUGGUCAUAUCUCACCGCCGCAGUCAUCAUUUCAGUUCACGGCGCCGAAAACAACGACUCCGCCUAAGGAGCGGUCUACCACGCCGCCGCCCUCAACCUCUCCUCCCACCUCGCCUCCCCGGACGCCUGCGCCGCCUGCGCCUGUAGAGCAAUCGCCUCUGCAGCCAUUAGCGACGCCGGUCCGGGGUGGUGACGGCAAUUCGUCACUGCGUACCCCACACCCGCCAGGCUGGUUCCCUGCGACCCCUCUCGGCGCCGACAGCGGCCCCUCAAGCGACGCCUAUUCGACCCCAGCGCAGGCUUCGAAGACGUUCGAGCCCGGUUCGGCGAUGCGUACGCCCCACCCGCCUGGAUGGUUCAACCCUGCCGCUGCUCCGUCGACGCCCGGUGCCAAGUUCUUCGUGACACCGGCGCCGAAGGAGAAACAGCCAGAGAAGCAGGAAGUGCGCGGCGUUGGCGUUGGUGCGGGCUUCACGACGCCCUUGCAGCCGCAGCAGCCAUAUCCAUUAGCGACGCCCAAACCGCCUGGCGCGUGGGGGUGGACUCCCGCAGCUGGCUCCCGGCUACGCAACGAGAUCACGCUUGACUCAUCGCAGUCAUCGGCUGAGAGCUCGUUCGAGCGGUCGCUCCUGGGCAAUGGGGAUGUGCACCGGCUGCGUUUGAGCCCUAAGCGCAAGCCAGCGUCACCGAAGGCCUCGCCAUCGACCUCUCCACAGCAGAGGCGGACCGAGAGCAAGGACGACUCGUUCGAGGAGGUCUCGCUCACGACACCGAAGAAGGGCUCUGGCGCAUGGCCUCCCAAUGACCCACCGACGCCGCUCUCUGAGCGUCUUCUGAAUCAGAGCGUUGCGGAGGACUCGUUCAUGGACGACUCGUUCCUGCAGGCGGACACGAGCGUGAUGGCGCGCGUGCGCUCCUUCCUGUCACCGAGCAAGGAUGCUGACCUGCGUAGCGCGCGGGAGAAGCUCGAGGCGGCGACCGCACGCUCUCAAGCGUCUCGGAAGGAGAUUGAGGACGCUCAGAAAGCGUGGCUCGCCGCACUCUCCGCUUUACCUGCUCCUUCCACCUCUGCAAAUGCAGGAACGUCCACGUCCACAACGACGGUGGUCGAGAUCGAGAAACCCGCUGUAAAGGAGAAGAAGGAGUGGCCGUGGAUCUACUGGGUCAUCAUCGCUCUGGUCGAGAUCACCGUCAUGUGGGCCGUGUUCCGAGUCACGGUCGACUGGGUUGACGCUGAGCGCUCGCGCACGUCCUCUGCCCUUGUCAGGAGACUGCCAUCCGGUCUUGGUGUAUUCCGCCGCAACGCACGAAGCUCAAACCUCUUCGACAUCCUCGAGCUGCUCGGUCUACGCUGGGCGCCACAAGAGAGAAGAUGGAACGUGCCGACAUAA